CAUAUCACCAAACUUCUCUUCUCAAACAUCACAUCUUUUCUUACCUCGUCGUUGUGAAGAGUUGACCGACUAAGCGUGAAGAUCAAUACUAUUUCUCUCUUGUCUCUAUCUCUCUCUUUCUCUCUUUCUUUAAGUCUUUGGAUAUCAUCGCCUAUCUUCUUCUGCCGGCGUUUCACUGCUAUUUAUAUUUGUGUUUCAAUUACACAGUCGUCGUCCUUGUCGCCGCCUCUGCUAAGCUACACCGCUUUGCUAACAAACUACCCCGACAUAUUCUACAGAGCAAAGAAGAGAACAUCGGAUCCUAUGUCUCUAACCAUGUCAUCUACUACGAUUGCUAUCCCGGCAGCCCGGUCGUCGGUUAUGGCUUAUGGUCACUCUCCGAAGGCUGUAGCUAGCUCCUCUUCGUCGUGUUCCAGCUCGCCGACAACCCCGAGUCCGAGCGAAGCGUCAUCUGUGCAAUCACACAAGCCGAAGUCGGUCCACCACCACCACCGUCGGCCCAGUCUACUUAGCUCUGCCUUUAGCAAGGACGAGUGCACCGUUAUUAACAUUGGAGAGCCCGAUGGCGUUCCUCGAUUGAUCUCUUAUCUCGCUUCGAGCCAAGGCUUUGCCUGGAACCCCGAAUUAUUCGUUCCUUCUUACGUCGACUGCGACUAUGUACCUUUAGAGAACCGCCGAGAGCCGGUACAUGAGAUUCGGCUCAGCGAUGAGGAGAUUAAGCAGAUGCUGCCGUAAUAAAGAAAAAAAACCGCGACUUUUUCCUUCGUACCUAAGAUACACAUAACCCUCGCGAGAAUUACCUUUGCCAUUUUCACACACUACUUCGGAGUCUGGAUUCGGAGUAUGACACUACUACCUGGAUGGAUUGUGGAUACCGAUCUCGGCAUUUCCUAUUGCGCGGCGCCGGGCUUGGAGGAACCAAGAUGAUGCGCAUUGCUACGACUUGACGGAUAUUGCUAUUAUUAUUAACAUGGGAUGGUGAACGCCUAGAGGACCCAGGGAGUUCUCAUGGGUAUUUCGUGGGGGCUGGUUCUGUAUGAUUACACGAAUCGUUUGACCUUUGGUGUUAUGGGUGUUGGUAUUCCCUGGUGCUCUGGUGUACUUUUGGGUCCUUGAAAUUUGCAGCUUCAGCUUGUGCGUAUUUUCCUUUUGAAGUGAGAGCCAUGGAUUUUCUUGUUGUGGGUAGACAGGGC